AUAUCCCUCACGCUCGACCAUCCACACGCACCAUGCCUAUCACGCGCACAGCAGGCAGCGGGCCCGUCCGCUUGCUGAUUAUCAACCCUAACUCGACAGUUGCCUUUACCGAGCACAUUGCCGCAGAGCUCUCGUCCGACCUGCCACGAGGCUAUGAGGCGACAUUCUACACCGCGCCGGCGAGUGCGCCAGCGUCCAUCGAGAGCAUGGGGGACGGCAUCGUGACGGCCGCGGCGUGUAUGGAAGAGCUCCGCCCCGACCUGGCACACUACCACGGCUUCGUCGUCGCGUGCUUCUCCAACCACCCGCUCACGCACGCCCUCCGCGAGGAGGUGUCCUACCCCGUCGUGUCGAUCCUCGAGGCGCCGCUCCUCAUGGGCGCCCAGCUCGGCGCGCACGUCGGCAUCCUGACCACCUCGCCACGGUGGGAGAGCCUUCUCGCGCAUGACGUCGCGACGUUGGGCUUGAGCGGGAAGAACACGGCCGGCGUGGUCAGCUCGGGCUUUUCAGUGUUGGAUCUCGAGCAAAAGAGCCCCACAGAGGUCGGCGACCGCCUGGUCCAGAUCGCCCUCGACGAGUUUUACACCAAACGCAAGACCGACGUCUUGGUGCUGGGCUGCGCGGGCAUGGUCGGGUUCGUGGACCAGCUUAGGGACAAGGUCCCUGCCGGGGAGAUGGUCGUCCUCGAGCCUGUGCGGUGUGCGUUUGAAAUGUGCGUCGCUCUCGUGAGGAGUCGAGCGAGGACAUCCAAGGGCGGUGUCUAUGCCAAGCCUCCAUAGGUGGCACUGGUACAACCAUCUACGCCAUGACACCAACCAAGGGGCUGCACGCAAGCAGUCUACACAUACAUCAUCAUAUGCAAACAGUCUAUACCUCAU